AUGGAGGGCUCGACUUCGGGAAACCCUGCCAACAUUCGCUUGGAUGUUGUUAUCCCCCUAUGGCUGCACGUCUCGGACUCGGAAAGGUACCUGCUGCUGGAGGAUCCAGAGACGGGGGAUGUGCUCAUGCCACUCAUCUACAUGAAGGCCCUGCUGGAGGCGAAUUACUCCCGCAAGCUGGCUUCCCUGAAGCACCGUGUCGUUACUUUUCCCCCAGAAAGUCCACUGGCGGAGAAGGACGGUCAGUUGUAUUGGCAGUGGGCCUUUGAGUCCCCUCACAAUGUCAAAGUUGUGGUUCGCAAGGAGCUUGGUGAAGAGAACACCCCCCAGGGUCACCUGCGAGUCGUCCUGAUACCCAUCGUGUACAAUGCCCUGAGUCAGAAGAGCAUGCUGCGGUCCUUGGGUCUUUUCAAGGCCUUGCACAGGGCCAUGAAGCAGUCUACUUACUUCCCCCUGCUUCGACCACCCCCCGACGACUUCAUGGAGGAGCUGGAUGCUGAGCUAGCCAAGGAAUCGGUCCAACCCCCCCUUUUCCACGGACCCCGCACCAUCGAGGCCUCGGCAUCAAAGUACAUGUUCAUGUUCCAGGAGGACGAGGAGCAAAAGGCGCCGGACACCAAGCGGCACUGCACCCGGACCGGCACACCGCUGGACAGGUUUGGGGGCGACGUGUCGAGCAAGACCCCCACCCCCACCCCUCCAGUGCUGGACGCGGGGCUGGGCGCCUUCCAGCCCCCCCGCACCCACUCCCCGGGCUCCCGCGGCGGGGAUGGCGCGGCCACCCGCACCCCGCCCGGCGCGGUGGCGUACGGCCAGGCGUUCGAGCUGGGUGGCGGCCCCCUCACCCACGGCCAGCGCCCGCUGCGGCCCGGCCACGGCCCGCAGGACGUCAACAUGCUGGCGCUGGAGCUGCUGGACGUGAAGGAGGAGCUGGCCGUGGCCAAGCGCUGCAUCGUGCAGCUCUAUGGCAUGGUCCUGGGGGAUGGGUACCAGUCACCUGGCCCCACGGCGUCUAGCUACCCGGUCCCCACGCCCGGACAGGGCGCGGUGAUGAAGCUGGAGCCGGGCGCCCCCACCCUGCACUCCACCGCCCUGGCGGCUACAUACCAGCGCCCAGGGCCGCGUGCCAGCGGCGGCAGCGGCGGCAGCGGGUCGACCCUGCCCGGCGCCCAGAGCUGGGGCGCGGCGGAGCGCUUCCAGACCUGCCUGGCCCCCGCGGCCCAGUACGGGGCGGUGCAGCAGGGGCAGCAGCACGCCUGGGCCAGGGCGCCGAUCCCGGCGGAGGGGCCGGGGCAGAGGGCGCCAUCACCGUAUGGGCGAGUGGGUGGUCGGGGGGAGUACGGCGCCAUGCACGCCGACGGCGGAGCACUGCCCUCGUCGCUGCAGACGUCCAUGCCCACCCCGCAUCCGGGCUCCACGGACGCCGCCCUGUCUGGCCUGCUGGACAGCAGCACCAUCUCCGCGCUGCUGUGCCACCUGUCCGACAAGCCUCCAGACGAUCCGGGUGCGCCGCGGUUUGAGAUCCUCGGUUGA